GUGGGGGGCGGAGCCCGGCGCGUGCUUGACGCGCAUCAUGGCGGCGCGGCAGCUGGUGAGGGCGGUCCCGGGGCGGCGCGGCUACAGCAGCGCGGGCGCCGCCGAGUUCCUGCACCGCAGCAUCGUGCCCACCAUGCACUACCAGAAGAGCCUGCCCAGACUGCCUGUUCCCAAGCUGGAAGAUACAAUUUCAAGAUACCUGAAUGCCCAGAAACCGCUUUUAAAUGAUGACCAGUUCAGGAAAACUGAGGAACUUGCUCAUGCCUUUGAAAAGGGGAUUGGAAGAGAAUUGCAUGAGCAACUGAUUGCUCAAGACAAUCAGAACAAGCAUACAAGUUACAUCACAGGUCCCUGGUUUGACAUGUACCUAAAAGCACGUGAGCCUGUUGUUUUGAAUUUUAAUGCAUUUAUGUCUUUUAAUCCUGAUCCAAAAUCGGAAUACAACGAUCAGCUCAUACGAGCUACAAACAUGACUGUUUCUGCCAUACGUUUUAUGAAGACCUUCAGGGCUGGUUACCUUGAACCAGAGGUUUUUCACCUCAAUCCAGAAAAAAGUGACACUGAGAUCUUUAAAAAAAUUAUCCGAUUUGUGCCUUCUUCAGUUUCUUGGUUUGGUGCCUAUAUGGUCAAUGCUUACCCCCUAGAUAUGUCUCAGUACUUCAGGCUUUUCAAUUCUACACGGAUUCCUAAGCUCAACAAAGAUGAGCUUUAUACAGAUGAAAAGGCAAAACAUUUACUAGUGUUGAGAAAUGGAAAUUUUUAUGUUUUUGAUGUUAUUGAUAGAGAUGGAAACAUGCUGAAACCCUCAGAAAUACAAGCACACUUGAAAUACAUCCUCAGUGACAACAGUCCAGCCCCAGCCUUCCCUCUUGGCUACCUCACCAGUGAAAACCGAGAUACAUGGGCAUUGCUGAGGAAGAAUCUACUGGAGAAUGGCAAUGAAGAAGCUCUUCAAAAAGUAGACUCUGCCAUGUUUUGUUUAAGUUUAGAUGAUUUUGCCAUUAAAGAUUUUGUGAACUUGUCCCACACUAUGUUGCAUGGAGAUGCUGCAAACCGCUGGUAUGACAAAUCCUUUAAUCUUAUCAUAACUAAGGAUGGCACUGCAGGAAUUAAUUUUGAACAUUCCUGGGGAGAUGGUGUGGCUGUGCUCAGGUUCCAGAACGAGGUUUUUAAAGACAGCACCAAGACACCAGCCAUCAGCCCCCAGUCCCAGCCUGCUUCAGUUGACUCUUCCACAGCAGUGCAGAAACUUGACUUUAAGCUGAACGAUGCCUUAAAAGCAGGGAUCACCAAAGCCAAGCAGAAGUUUGAUGCCACUGUAGAAUCACUGUCUCUUAACAUGAUUCAGUUCCAAGAAGGGGGCAAGGAACUUCUAAAGCAGAAGAAGGUGAGCCCUGAUGCUGUGGCUCAGCUGGCCUUCCAGAUGGCUUUCCUUCGCCAGUACGACCAGACCGUCGCUACGUACGAGUCUUGCAGCACUGCGGCUUUCAAGCACGGCCGUACAGAAACCAUACGUCCUGCCUCUGUCCACACAAAGAGAUGCUCUGAAGCCUUUGUCAAGGAACUCUCCAAACACAGCACAGAAGAACUGCAGAAUUUGAUAGUGGAGUGCUCCAAGUACCACGGCCGUUUGACGAAAGAGGCUGCUAUGGGCCAGGGCUUUGACCGGCAUCUCUUCAGCCUGCGCUAUUUGGCCUUAUCCAAGGGGCUGGCACUGCCGGAUUUCUAUCAAGAUCAAGCCUACGCUCGCAUUAAUCACAACAUCAUUUCCACCAGCACUUUGGUGAGCCCAGCUGUGCAGUUAGGAGGGUUUGGCCCUGUGGUGUCUGAUGGCUUUGGAGUAGGCUAUCAGGUACAAGAUGACUGGAUAGGUUGUAAUGUUUCCUCCUACCCGGCUAGGAAUGGUAAGGAAUUCCUCCAGUGUAUACACAAGUCGCUAGAAGAUAUCUUUAAUGUUUUAAAGGGCAAGAAAAUUGGUAGUUAGACAUAAAGACAUUGGAACACUUUACAGUUGCAGGACAAAAUGCAGAUUAUGUCUAAGUGACAUACUAAUCAGUGUUCACCAUUGCUGAGACUGCCCAGCUUAAUUGUCUUCAUGUAUCAUCAUUGAACUUGAAUACUGUUGGAUUCACUAGGAAAUUUCUAUCUAUUUUAAAUAAAUAAAUUACAGACCUUGAAUGCAUUUCAGGAAAUACAGACAUUAACUAUGUCAAAUUAACUAAUAGAUCCAUGUGUUCUUAAAACACAUGAUCAAAAAUAAGCAUUUUUAUGGAGUUAAUGAACCUGGAACACCUGUGCUCUGUGAGUGUUCAGACAGACUACAGUACUGUGAUACCACUCUUGAGCUGUUUGGUUUUAAAAAAAAAUAUGCAAUAAUUUUAAACAUGGAAGAGUGGUUCCAUUUGCACUCUUGCAGUAAGCUUGCUUACUAACUUGUCAUACUUACCUCUUUAAACUUGAAUUUAUAUCAGAACUGAUUGUGCCUCAUAUCAGAACUGAUUGUGCCUCAAGAGGUUUUAGAGACAAAAAAUUAAGUGAGAGUCUUCAAGUAACCUACAGUCACUAUCUGGGUUGUUAAACUGACUGUGAAAGACUGUAUUUUAAUAAAGCUGUCUAUUAAUAACCACAAAGUUCUUCUAUUGCCAUAUCUAAAUAUCUUGAUUUAGAAGACAGGCAUCUGCUGAGGAGGGCAGGAGCCCCCCUCGGAAUGAAAAUGUAGACUCUCUCCCAAUUACUGUAAUUUUGAAAUCAAGGGGCUCUCAGGCAGAGAUCUGGGGAUAGGAAUAACAGUUCUUUACUAGUGUGUAACAACAACAACAACUACAGCAUUAACAACAAAACAGAACCAGGGAGCCCGUGACAGCCUUCUCAGCCGAGAUGGGAAGGGAUGGAGGAGAGGCUUUGCCUCACAAACCCCCUCGGGCUGUCAGUCCCGGUGCUCCUGCAGGCUCUGAGGAACACUCAGCUGGAACAGCGGGGAUGAGCUGAGAGCCCGGCCCGGGGGAUGAGCUGGAUCAGCAGCUCUGUGGUGGUGCCUGGCACUGGUACUGCCCAGCAGGACAGGGGUGUGAGGCACACAGAGGAAGAAGGAAGAAGCAGCAGCAGCAGCUCCGUCUCGGUGAUGGCGAAUUCCCUUCUCCAAGCCACAACAGCUCCAAGACAGUGUCUCACCCUCCAGCCCAAGAAAUCAGCCAGCCCCCAGCUGCCCCUGCCCUCCCCAUCCCCUGCCCCCCUUCCCCCCUGGGCCCAGCCAAACUCUGCUUCUCAAGCAUCCAACAAGCACCAGCCAUCAGUUUUCCCUGCAACUAAUGGGCAAAAAAUUCCAUAGGUGAGAAGGAACUAAAGGAAGGACACCCCAACCCCCAACACUGAAUCAUACAGCAUGGGGUAGACCCUUUAUCAAUAACUCGUUUCUUACAAGGUUGGAAAGAAAACUGCUGUAAGCAUUUUGCACUCUGCCCUGGUAUGCAGACCUCGAAUUCCUGCCUUUUACCCUCUUGAUUUCCACUCUUUUUCUUCUGGGAGGCCGAGUCUUUCUGUGGAGCUGAAUUGCACAGUGGUGCUGGCUUCUGUGAUCUCUACAGAGAAACUAAUGCAGCUCAUGCCCCACUGGCCCGAACAAUCAAAUGUGUCAGCAGAACAGGAAAGUCUGAGCACAUUGGUUGGACAUGACAGAUCAGGUUCAGAGGCUCAGAAACUACUUGUCUUUGCUCUUCCUUUGGGUAUCUCAGCUUCCAGGUUCUCCCAGGGUCUUUUUAAUUUAGCACAGUAAGAGUAAGCAAUACCCUGUCCUGGAAGCAUGAAAUAAAAGUGCUAGCAGGGGAGAGGCACGGUUCUCAUAUGCAAGCCUGAAGGCUUUGCUCCUGUAAUGUGCUGUUCUAGUCUUCAGCUGAAAAGCAGUGCUUCAAAACUGACUUUAAAACUUAGCAUGAUUGUUUUUGUUCAUUUAAACAAAAAAAGGUGAUACUUUGGGAAGAUGCAGGAAUUGACGUAUCAGGAAACAAUAAUCAGACCAAAAGUCUGAAUAAAAUUCACUCAAGAUUGGCUGGGU